ACCAACACGCACUGUCUGCGACGGGCAAUCGCUUCUGUUUCACUUUAAUGCAGACCUGUACUUUCACAUCUUGGAGCCACGAACGACCGGUGUUUUCUUCUAGUUUCUUCUACGAGCAUGGCGGAUUACUUAAUCAGCGGUGGUACUGGCUAUGUACCUGAAGAUGGACUCUCAGCUCAGCAGCUCUUCUCAAUUGGAGAUGGCCUUACAUACAACAGAUCUGACCAACAGUGCGUUGUCUCCGAUGGUCAUACGGCUGAAGAGCUAUGCUCUAAAGGAGAUGGGUUGACUUACAAUGACUUCCUGAUUUUACCUGGCUUCAUUGACUUUACAUCAGACGAAGUGGACCUGACAUCAGCACUGACCAGGAAGAUCACACUGAAGACCCCUCUCAUCUCCUCCCCCAUGGACACCGUCACAGAGUCAGCCAUGGCAAUCGCUAUGGCGCUAAUGGGAGGGAUUGGCAUCAUUCACCACAACUGCACACCAGAAUUCCAAGCCAAUGAGGUCCGCAAGGUUAAGAGGUUUGAGCAGGGUUUUAUCACAGACCCAGUUGUGAUGAGUCCGCGCCACACAGUUGGGGAUGUGUUUGAGGCCAAAGUAAGACAUGGCUUCUCUGGUAUUCCUGUCACAGAGACAGGCAAAAUGGGCAGCAAACUGGUGGGCAUCGUCACCUCCAGAGAUAUUGACUUCCUUUCUGAGAAAGACCAUGGCAAACCUCUGGAGGAGACUAUGACUAAGAGGGAGGAGUUGGUUGUGGCUCCAGCUGGCGUUACACUGAAAGAAGCCAAUGAUAUUCUGCAGCGCAGUAAAAAAGGCAAGCUUCCCAUUGUAAAUGAUAACGACGAGCUGGUGGCCAUUAUUGCCCGGACAGAUCUGAAGAAGAACAGGGACUACCCCCUGGCCUCCAAAGACUCACGCAAACAGCUGCUGUGCGGCGCCGCCAUCGGCACCAGGGAGGAUGACAAAUACAGACUGGACCUGUUAGUGCAGGCUGGAGUGGAUGUUGUUGUGCUGGAUUCCUCACAAGGCAACUCGGUGUAUCAAAUCAACAUGAUAAAUUAUAUUAAACAGAAGUAUCCAGACUUGCAAGUGGUGGGAGGAAAUGUGGUUACAGCAGCCCAGGCCAAGAAUCUGAUCGAUGCUGGUGUGGAUGCUCUAAGAGUCGGGAUGGGCUGUGGCUCCAUCUGCAUCACGCAGGAAGUCAUGGCAUGUGGGCGGCCCCAGGGGACCUCAGUGUACAAGGUAGCAGAGUACGCCAGGCGUUUCGGUGUGCCAGUCAUCGCAGAUGGAGGCAUUCAGACUGUGGGCCACGUGGUGAAGGCUCUGUCACUCGGAGCAUCGACUGUUAUGAUGGGCUCGUUGCUAGCAGCAACCACUGAGGCUCCAGGAGAGUACUUCUUCUCAGAUGGUGUGCGGCUGAAAAAGUACCGUGGUAUGGGCUCCCUGGAUGCCAUGGAGAAGAGCACCAGCAGCCAGAAACGCUAUUUUAGUGAGGGCGACAAAGUGAAGGUAGCUCAGGGUGUGUCGGGCUCGGUCCAGGACAAGGGGUCCAUCCACAAGUUUGCACCAUACCUGAUAGCCGGUAUCCAACAUGGCUGCCAGGACAUCGGGGCAAAGAGUCUGUCUGUCCUCCGUUCCAUGAUGUACUCUGGAGAGCUAAAGUUUGAGAAGCGCACCAUGUCUGCACAGGUGGAGGGAGGCGUUCACGGACUCCACUCUUAUGAGAAGCGGCUUUACUGAACUGGGGGCGGGAGUGGAGCACACAUCAGCGGCGCACGUGACACACCCAAUCUAACAGCGACCAAAUGUUGAAACCGCCACUUAUGCUAAAAUGCGUACCACCUACUACACCCCUCUCUGCCCUCCCCCCCCCAUGCGUAAGUAUCCACCGUUGCUCUGUCUGAUCCCAACCAGCGGCUUGGGGGAGGAAAGAGGCACCGUAGCGAAGUGAGAAUCUUCAAACUGACACCGACCCUCGGAACACCUGGGAUUUUGCACUCAAGAAGCGGCGCAUCAGGGUUUUCGGAAUGACAUACACACCUGUAUCUUGAGUAUGCAGCCUGAUCCCAAUUUUGUGUGUGUGUGUGUUGAUAGAGAAUGUGAAUGACUGUGUGCCUAUGAAUUAUGGGUUUUGUGUGUGUGU